ACGCAACGCCCCGGCGUCGAUUUCCACGAUACUCACUCCCCAGUCGCUCGUUUCGAGUCAUUUCGACUUGUUUUCUCACUUGCUGCCAAGGAGAACUGGCUCCUCGAGCAGAUUGAUGUCAAAUCCGCCUACCUUAACGGGAAACUCGACGAAGAGAUAUUCAUGAGGCAACCCGAAGGUUUCCAGGUCCUCGGGAAAGAGGACUGGCUGCUCCGCUUGCUCAAAUCUCUCUACGGCCUAAAGCAAUCUGGU